AUGGCCACCGAGACACCCACAGCGACGCCGGACAUGGCGAAAAGCAAGAGAGACAAGAAGGACAAGAAGCGCAAGAAUGACAAGCACGACGACGAACACCAAACCAGCAAGAAGCGGAAGCACUCUCACCAUGCCCUUGAGACUCCAGCAGCGGAACAACCACAAUCCAAAAAAUUCAAGAAAGACAAGCCAAAGCCCCCCAGCAGCACCGCGCAGCCUCAACGAUCGACUCUAUCGAAAGACGAACUCCUCCGCCAACACAGCCCUUUCACCACCCAAACCACCUCCCUCUAUCUCCCCCUCUCCCCCGCCGCCCACGCCUUCCCCCUCCGCGGCCUCUGCGCCGAACACAUCUCCCCGCUCCUCCUGACCUACUACCCACCCCUCAACGGCGUCGUGCUCUCCUACUCCAACGCGCGGAUAAGCGAACACCCCGCUCAAGCCAUCGCCAACCACAGCACACAGCGGAAGGAGAGCGAGCACGUCCUAGCGAAAAGUCUAGACGAGUACGCGCCCUCCUUCCUCUGGCUCACGGCCGAUUUUCUGCUGUUUAAGCCUGCGAGGGGGACGUGGAUGGAAGGAUGGGUGAAUCUGGUGAAUGAAGAGUACAUUGGUUUAGUGUGCUAUAACUACUUCAACGCCGUGAUUGCGCGGGAGAAAAUGCCAGAGGGGUGGCGGUGGGUGGAGGAGCAUGAGAGGGGGCAGGAGGAAGGUGGGGGUCAUUUCGUGGAUGAGCGGGGAGAGAAGGUGGAGGGGAGGGUGGUGUUUGAGGUGGAGGACUUUGAGACGGGGGUGGAGGGGGAGGUGGGGACGGUCAGUAUUCUGGGCACGCUGAGGGGACGGGAGGGAAAGACAUGA